CAACAAAGCGAAAAAUUGCGCGAAUUAUUUGUGUUGUGCAGUUGUGUCUCCCUUCAUACUAUUGCGUUUGUUUCGCUCGUAAAUAUUUAGCUAAAUAGUUAAUUCUAGCCGUGGGUAUUACGAUUGGCCCCAUAUCUGGAUCUUAAAAGUGUCCUUAACCAUGGAUGCAGAGCUGCUGAAAACGUGUCACCGUGAAAUUGGCCACAUUGUGUUUGAUGCAAAUGAGAAGAUUACAACCCGAAGAAUUAGUAAUACAUGGAGUUUGGAUAGCAAACAAGCGUUGGAGCUUCUGCAAAAAUGGGUGGAAGAACAGAAAGGGCAAAAGAAGCUUUCGUUGGAGUAUGUCAUUCGUGGUAUCGAUAAAAAUGGAACCGUUUUUAUCACUCUAGCAAAUGAGGAGAAAACGGAAAAAGUGUGUAAAUUGUAUCCAAAGUGCUCGAAAAUGUUGUACUCCGUGGAGAUUGCAUCGGAUAUUAGACCGUUGAAUGUGUCGAAUGAUAACGAGUUCAGUGCCCUGAAUAUACGGCUGCAUUCUGAAAAGCGUCACAUUGAUCAGGGUUCCUCACAACCUGCUCAAAAUCAACCUACAGCCCCAGUGAAACAGGAUCCGAAACCUUCCAAACCGAACCUGUUUUCGGCGGCCAGUAAACCGCCAGUGAAGGAGGAAAAACGUUCACCACCUUCAACGCCGGCCGUUAUUAAACCGGAACCGAAAACGGCAUCACCACCAAAAGCUUCACCGAAGACCCAAUCACCAAAAAAGGACACGAAAAAAGCUGUCACUACCGGCAAGGGUGCGAUUUCAUCGUUUUUCUCCUCGAAACCCGGUCAAGCUGCGGCCCCGAAAGCUCCCGUCAAACAGGAACCACCAUCUCCCGCUCCGACUGUUCCAGAAAAGGUGGAAAAAGCAACGAAAGGAGAAUCUACGAAAAAGGCAGAAAACACACGGAAAAGAUCCAUCCCUGAUGAUGAGGCAACGGAGGAAGAAGAAGACGUUAUACCCAACACACCGCAGGAGGACAAGAAACGUAACGAUGGCAAAAAGCGCACUAGCAAACCACUGCUGCAGCGCAAAAAGCCAUCAAAUCCAUCGAAGAAAUCUCGUAUCCUGCAAAUUUGCGACUCUUCCAGCGAUGAAGAACCGGAUGGAAAGGAAGCGGUUGAGCAGCGAGAAGAGCGUUUGGUGGAGUUCGAUGUGGAGAUGGCGGAACCUGCGACAGAGAAGGAAGAUGUCCGGAAGUCACUUUCGCCGGAGAAACCGGUCGAGAAUGAUUCGAACAGUGUGAACCGUAAUCGGGGCAAAGUAAAGAAGCUGAUCACUAAAACGUUCACCGAUGCGAAAGGUUAUUUGAUCACCGUGAAGGAUUACGAAAUGGUAUCGGAAGACGAGUCGGUGGGUAAUGGAACGGAAACUGAAACGGCUACACCAGCGGUCACAAAGCCUAAAGCAACACUUGGAACCAGCCAAGGUAAAGGAUCUUCCGCGGCGAAGAAGGAAACACCACCAACACCGAAAACUAAACAGGGUUCAAUUAUGAGCUUCUUUGCGAAAAAGUAAAUCUCAGUUCUCGAAAAAGCCGAAUAAUGCAUUCUUUUCCUAACGAACUAAAUAAACGACCCAUUAAAGGUCCUACCGCA